GGUCGUCAUGGAGACGGCCGAAGGGACUCAGCUGAAGGAAUGAGCGAUGCCUGGCUGGUAGGCAGCCCUGGUAGCGGAGAGAAGAAGCGGAAGGAAUGAGAUAAGUUACCCCAAGGAGGUGAGUAAGCCAAGGGAGCAUGUAGUGGAGCCGGGUGGAGUUUGUGUGCCUGGGAGCGAUCUGUAUAUUCAAACAGGACAUGUAACCCUGCUGGGAGGAGCAGCCAGUGAGGCAAGUGGCAAGGGUGAUAUUUCACCAUUUUCUGUAUCUAAACAGAAACAUGAUGCUAAUUAAAGGUUCCUUUAAAUACUCUGGUGGUGAAGAAUAUCAUGGAGAAUGGAAAGAAGGCCGGAGGCACGGAAUUGGUCAGUUGCUAUUUGCUGAUGGAAGCAUCUACGUGGGUCAGUUUGAAAAUGGGCUUUUCAGCGGAUGUGGUGUUCUGACCUUUCCAGAUGGCUCAAGGUAUGAAGGGGAGUUUGUUCAAGGAAAAUUUCAAGGCACUGGUGUUUUCACCCGCUAUGAUAACAUGAAAUUUGAGGGAGAAUUUAAAGGGGGCCGGGUUGAAGGGUAUGGACUGUUGACAUUUUCUGAUGGUUCCAAUGGGAUUAAAAGAAACGAAGGCUUGUUUGAGAAUAACAAACUAGUAAGGAGAGAAAAAUGUCAAACAACAAUUCAGAAGGCUUUAAGUGCCUCGAAAACUGCCUGCUCUAUUGCAGUGAAUCAAGUGUAAUGGGAGAGAGUCAUCCUUUAUAUCGCACGUUUCUUCCUUUGUUUUGGCUUGUUUACACUGUUUCCUGAACAGCCCGAGAUCAUCAUUUCUUCUCCUUAACACUGGUAAAGUUGUCAGGAGAAUGGAAAUGGUUUGCUUAAUGUUACAGACAGAACUACAUUACAGCUCCACUAAGUGCAAUGGAACACAGACAGUGCCUCGAACUGAAAGCUGACUUCUGCACCCGCAACGGAGGAAAAUGGAAGAACGCUUCUAAUGAAAUGAGCAAAUUCUUACAGUUUUCUACAUAAAAAAUCACUGUCUUCACGAUUCAGAAGUUAGUACUUGCAAAUCAGAAUUAAGAAACAUUCACUGGGGUUAUUUAAAUGCAUGUGUUUUAUAAUUAUGUUUUAUAAUAUACAGUACAGUACUGUUCCACUAACUGAAUGCUUUAUUCACUCAUAUGUUCUGUAUCAUGCUUAAGCCAUUACCUGCAUAUUACUAUUAAUGCAAAGGAAAGUCUCAAACCUCUGAUAUAUUAACUAUGCAGGUACAUGUUGAGAAGAAUGGAAUACCUUAGUACUGUUCCUCAUAGAAAUUAUUAUACAUACACAGUUUAAGAAAGAGGAGGAUAUGGUCAUUCCUUCCCAAAAAGUUGAUAGGUACCUGUAAUGAAAUGAAAAUCUGAAUGCUUACAUUACAGUACAGAGCAACACAGAAAUUUGCUUGCCAUUAUAGUCUGGCUGUUCUUGGACAUUAAUUCAUAGGUAAACAACCCCUUUAAUUAUUGGACUGUCCCUUCUUCUAAAUUUAAACCGUUGCUUAAUUAUUAAGGAAAGUGACCCUGCAACCAAAAAAAAGUUAAAAUACCUACUGGACAGCUAAGGAAAAUAGAACCCAAUAAAUGAAAUGACCACUCCCAGUGGCGGAACUAUCGGGGGAGCAGGGGGUGCGAGCGGGCCAGGGCCUGCACCCCCACAGGGCCCCCGGCAGCUCACACGCCACUGACAAAUGCGGCCGUACGGAGGGGGGCGGGGCCGGCUGCGCAUCACGCACCAGGGCCCGCCGCCCUCUAGUGACACUACCUGACCACUCCUUCUUCAUCUUCACAUUCAUUUAAUUUUUUUGGCAGUUUGCUUGAUUUCUGACCUAACUGCUGUUUAUGCACGGGGACCCUUAAAGUAACCAGUUUGGCAGAUCUUGCCCUAAUUGCAGGCAGAAACGUACGGUCAACAUUUCUACCAAGCGACCGGUAAAUUUGACAAUCCAAAUAUGUAGCUAGCUUGCACUGAUUUCCUGAUUAUCAUCUUAUGAAAUGAUAGGACAGGGAUAUUACUGCCCAUGGCCCAUGCGCAACCAGCUUAAUCUUCUUGCUCCAAAGAACUUGACUAUUGAUAAAAUGACGAAACACACAGCCAAACAGAGUGUCACCAGUGUCACCAGCCCUCACUAGCAAGAUUCCUUAACAGGAGCAACUCUUUGCGCUCCAUUCUGUAAGCGCAAGACUUGUGUCCAUAGCCUGCCUGCACAAAUUCCUGGGGUUGAGCCAAAAACCUGCAAACAACAUACCCCCAUACAGAAACUAGAGAUUACUUGAGUUUUUGACUAGUUGAAUGUAUUUGUAUAUAAUACACAAAAGCCAGGAAUAUCCUGUAAAUUAUAUCCUUAUAA